AUGGAACCCACGCCGUUUGUAGUCGAUAACGGCUCCUACAACAUCAAGGCCGGUUUUGCCGCGUCCAAGAAUCCAAAAAAAUACCGCAACACAUUGGCAAGGUCCAGAGAUGGCAGGAUCCAUAUAUCGAAUGACUAUGUCAAUCAAACCCAACACUACUCAGGACUUGUUUUCAAGCGUCCUUUUGACCAGGGCCACUUAACUACUUGGGAGGUUGAAAAGCCAAUAUGGGACUACUGCUUCGACGACGUGGGGACAUCUGAGUUCGAGGCGCUGCUGUGUAGUCUUGUUUUGACAGAAACACCUUUUCAACUUCCUCAACUUUCCAUCAACACCGACCAGAUUGUGUUUGAAGAAUACGGGUUUUCCCAGUACUAUCGGUGUACUCCGGCGUCUUUGGUGCCGUGGAUCGACGGCAGUGGCUCUCCGGCUGACUUUCAGGUUGUCAUCGAUGCCGGUUAUAACGCUACAUGGAUCAUUCCCAUCAUCUAUCAAAAUGUGUAUUGGAAAGGAGUCAAAAAACUACCGGUGGGGGGCCACCUUCUCAACGGUCUUCUUCGUGAAAUGGUGUCGUUCCGCCACUACGAUAUCCUGGACGAACCUAUACUUGUAAAUACCAUCAAGGAACAAACCUGCUUCCUAGCCACCGACUACCAAAAGACUCUUCGAAACCGCAAGAAAUAUUCCUGCAAUUUUGUGCUACCUGACUUCAAAACCACCGCUACAGGUUACGUGGUGAAGGACGGUGCAUCACCACCAACAGACGCCCAAUCCUUGACGCUUUCUGACGAACGGUUCUCUGUCCCGGAAGCACUCUACCAUCCAGAAAUAAUCUUCGACAAUGUAUCUACAUCCAAUACGCUGUUGCAGCUGACCCCGUUCAAAAACUUGCCCGACUUGGUGGUGGAGUGUAUUAUGGCGUGUCCUGUAGCUGCCCAGCCACUUCUCCUGGCCAAUAUUCAUAUUGUAGGCGGCUCAUCAUUAUUGCCCAAUUUCAAGCUGAGAUUACACAGCGAACUAGUCAAAGAACUUCCUCUGGAUUGGUUUGUGCAGUUAAAGGAACACGAAAAGAUAGCCCCUGAUGAAAGACCAUGGCACGGCGCCGCAAAGCUUACCGAAUCGGAUAUCUUUGAAAAGAUCUCCAUCUCCAAACAGGAGUACUUUGAGCAUGGAAGUAAUUGGUGCCAGAAGCAGUUUGGGUUCCGUAAUUUGUAG